CAACCGGACUAAGGAAGUGAAAGAACCGGAUGACUACUUGGACUUCAGCAACACCUUUGUUAAGCCAUGGAGCUCCAUGCAGGAUCUGGGCAGAGACAUCUAUGAUAUUUAUGCCGAGUAUGAAAAUGAAGAGGAGGAGGAUCGGUUGCCGGUGUCUCCCUCCCGUCUGCUGCUCUCUCCAACCAAACACUAUGUUCUCAACAUCAACGUUGGAGGAACGGUGUACCACUUGCCCUACAGGUUAGCUGUCAGGUAUCCAAAGACAAGGAUCGGACGGUUGGCCAUUUACAGCGACCACAGCAGGAAGUUGGACCUGUGUGAUGACUACAUCGUCCAGAGCAACGAGUUCUUCUUUGACCGGGACCCUAAAAUCUUCCACAACAUCUUCAACUUUUACAGAACUGGAGUGCUGUGCAUUAAAGACGAGCUGUGUCCUCGCAACUUCCUGGAGGAGAUAAACUACUGGGGCGUCAGGAUCAAAAACAGUCGACGCUGCUGCCGCAUCUCCUUCGAAGAGAGGCAGGACGAGCUGAACGAGCAGCUGAAAAUACAAAGACAGCUGAUAGCAGAGGUGGAGAUGGAGGAGAACGAGGCGUUGUUCCAUGGCAUGGCCUUCGGGCCAACCCGAAGAAAGAUCUGGAACCUGAUGGAGAAGCCGUUCUCCUCGGUCACUGCCAAGCUGAUGGGGGUCGCCUCAUCCAUCUUUGUGCUGGUCUCGCUGGUUGCCAUGACGCUCAACACUGUAGAGGAGAUGCAGUACAAGACGGCGUCGGGCCAGCUCAGCGGCAGAUUCUACGGCGAGUACGUGGAGACAUUAUGCAUCGCCUUCUUCACCCUGGAGUACCUGCUGCGCCUGGUGUCCACCCCCGACCUCAAGUGCUUUGGACGCAGCAUGCUGAACACCGUUGACUUGAUCGCCAUCCUGCCGCACUACCUGCAGAUGAUCCUGGAGUGCUUCGAGGACGAGGACAUGCACCUGCACUCGGGGGACAUCGAGACUGUCGGACGCGUCGGAAAGGUGGGUCAGGUUCUGAGGAUCAUGCGUCUGAUGCGAAUCUUCAGGAUCUUGAAGCUGGCUCGUCACUCAACAGGCCUCAGAGCCUUCGGCUUCACACUGAGACAGUGCUACCAGCAGGUGGGCUGUUUACUCCUCUUCAUCGGCAUGGGAAUCUUCAUGUUUUCAGCCAUGGUGUACACUGUGGAGCAUGACGCGUACAACACCAACUUCACCUCCAUGCCGCAGGCGUGGUGGUGGGCCGCUGUGAGCAUUUCCACAGUGGGUUAUGGCGACAUGUUCCCUGAGACCAACCUGGGCCGUCUCUUCGCCUUUGCCUGCAUCUCCUUUGGCGUCAUCCUCAACGGCAUGCCCAUCUCCAUCCUCUACAACAAGUUCUCUGACUAUUACACCACGCUCAAGUCCCACGAGUACACCGCCGUCGCCAAGGCCCGUGGGAAGGUGCACUUCGCCAAGAGGGCCGCAAAGAGGUUGGCCGAAUGCUGCGAGGACGUCGUUCAGCUGAGGACUGCCCGCCUGAUGUGAGCCAUGUUGUAGAUUUUCAAACCUGACACACUCUGUGACAGCCCAUUAGAUGCUGGGAUGAGGAUAGAUAGGAUAGGAGUCACGCUGGUCAAACUGCCUGGACUUCCGAUCCAAGGUCAAAAACGUAUUCUUCCUUAAGGGACAUCUGUCUGUCCAUCCUCUAUACAUGUUUAUUCCUGUUAAACCUAUCCCAGCAUGCAUUGGGACAAAGGUAUGUGAAUCUACAUACAUCUCUGCUAAAGUGGUCUGUACCUCCAUCCACACUUGAUCCAUUAGUCUCUAAAGCUCACAAGUAAUCCAGGCCCGAUGGAAAUCAUAAGUUAAAGAGUCGACAUCUGGAUGAUGUUUAUCUGCCCCACGCAUCGCUCUCUCUCUAAUAAUAAACCUAUGUCUCUUUAUCACGUCAUCAUAAAGCUGUGCAGCUCUUAUUU